CCAUAUGGCAGCCAGUCUGUCGUGCAAGGGCACGGGGUUCCCCAGCUCGUUCAGCAGAUAUACGGACGCAACAUUUGGGGGCUCAAGGGACUGUCGCCUAGCCACUCCGAAGAACUCACCGUCGCAGAGGAACUUGCAGCCGCGACUGUAGACAUGAUGGACAUCUUCCGCAGGGUGACGACCAGCCAUGCACAACUGGUCAACGCUGACGACGCUGGCGGUGCCCGAGGUGCGGAUGUUGGAAGUGCGAUUGUCGCUGGGGCAUACGUGCCACAGCGCACUCAAACUCCGUUGGAGGAUUGGGUACCCCAGGCGAUUUCGACGCCGCUCCCAAGCCCGGGGUCCUGUUCAACGUUGCUGACUCCUGAGGAGGAGUGGACACCACUGGCGACGUCGACCCCGCGUCCACAGUGCCAGUGAGAUACCCAGGAAGACAUGUCGGAAGCGAGACAGCGACCACAUAGGGGU